AUGGCUUCUGUAGUAGAUCAGGUGCAUAUGAGCAUGAAUGCCACUGCGCAUGCAGCUGGCGCUGCAAGCGCAGGCGCUGUCAUGGCUGCCCCAUCGCUUCUAGACAAGUUGCAAGGCAUGUCCUACUUGCAAAUGUUUGUUACAUUGAUUUGUGGUGUGCUGGUGUGGGACCAGGUCUCCUACCAGAUGAAGAAAGGUAACAUCGCUGGUCCUCGUUUCAAAGUCUACCCUAUCAUCGGUCCUUUCUUGGAGUCCCUAGACCCCAAGUUCGAAGAGUACAAGGCCAAGUGGGACAGCGGUCCAUUGUCCUGUGUCUCCAUCUUCCACAAGUUCGUCAUCAUCGCCUCCACCAGAGACCUGGCUAGAAAAGUGUUGCAAGCUCCAAAGUACGUCAAGCCAUGUGUUGUCGACGUGGCCGUCAAGAUCCUGAGACCAAGCAACUGGGUGUUCCUGGACGGUAAAGCCCACACCGACUAUAGAAAGUCCCUGAACGGUUUGUUCACUAAGACCGCCUUGGCCCAGUACUUGCCUCCUUUGGAAGAAUUGAUGGACAAGUACAUCGAGAAGUUCGUCGAAUUGUCCAAGGAAAACAACUACGAGCCACAGAUCUUCUUCCAUGAAAUGAGAGAGAUCCUGUGUGCUUUGUCCCUAAGAUCCUUCUGUGGUGACUACAUCAGCGAGGACCAGAUCAGAAAGAUCGCUGACGACUACUACUUGGUCACCGCCGCUUUGGAAUUGGUCAACUUCCCAAUCAUCCUGCCUUUCACCAAGACCUGGUACGGUAAGAGAACUGCAGACAUGGCUAUGAAGAUUUUCGAGUCCUGUGCCCAAAGAGCUAAGGACCACAUCGCCGCCGGUGGUAAGCCAAUCUGUGUUAUGGACAACUGGUGUAAAUUGAUGCACGAUGCUAAGAACCGUACCGACGAUGACUCUAGACUACUGCACAGAGAAUUCACUAACAGAGAAAUCUCCGAGGCCGUCUUCACUUUCUUGUUCGCUUCUCAAGAUGCUUCCUCUUCUUUGGCUUGUUGGUUGUUCCAAAUCGUCGCUGACAGACCAGAUGUCUUGGCUAAGAUCAGAGAAGAACAAUUGCGUGUCCGUGAAGGUGACAUUAACAAAAGAUUGGACAUUGACUUGGUAGACAAGAUGGAAUACACUCACAUGGUCGUUAAGGAAACUUUGCGUUACAGACCUCCAGUCUUGAUGGUCCCAUAUGUCGUCAAGAACAAGUUCCCAGUUGUACCAGACUACCAAGCUCCAAAGGGUUCCAUGCUUAUCGCCACUUUGUACCCAGCCCUACACGACCCAGAAGUUUAUGAAAACCCAGAUGAUUUUAUCCCAGAAAGAUGGGUCGAAGGUUCUCCAGCUAACGAAGCUAAGAAGAACUGGUUGGUCUUCGGCUGUGGUCCACACGUUUGUCUAGGUCAAACCUAUGUCAUGAUUACCAUGACUGCUUUGAUCGGUAAGUUCGCUCUAUUCACUGACUUCAAGCACAAGGUCACUCCAUUGAGUGAAAAGAUUAAAGUCUUCGCUACUAUCUUCCCUAAGGAUGAUCUAUUGCUAAGCUUCAAGAAGAGGGAUCCAGUUACUGGAGAAAUCAAGGAAUAA